AUGGACGCUCGGUACCCUUCCACGGGAAUCGGCCCCCUCCCCGUCGAACUUCUCACCGAGGUCUUCACGAUCCACUACGCGAUGUCGCCACUCGUUCACGCAGGGGAUCUCAAAUAUGUCCGCCGUACGCCGCUACACACCUCUGACUGGAUGAACAUCCUCCUCGUCUCCAGAGGUUGGUACGACAUCGCUCAAGAAAUCUCCAGUCUCUGGUCAUCCGUCUCCGUCGGCGGGAACAUGGAUUGGCCUAGGAUAUGUCUCUCCCGUGUCCGGCGAAUGAAGAAACGAGCAAUCGACUUGUACAUCCACUGCAAAGCCGACAUGGACCCGCCGGACGAGCUCCUAGAGCUCCUGCCCGAACACGCUUCUCGACUACGGUCGCUCACAAUGCUCUACGAGUCUAACGACCCGGAGUGGAGUGAAAUGCAAGUGUUCCAGUGGGUGGACUUCCAGGUCGAUCUUUCAGUUUCCUUCUUCGACGUCACCGAGAGCACCUACGACGUUGGGCUCCCCUUCAUUCUCGACGACCUCCAGAUCGAACGUCUACCAGAGAUCACAGCACUUUCAGUCGACGGCUUGUCCCCUCCUAUGAACCCCGAUCUCUACGCCCGAUUGGAGACUCUGGAGCUGAGGAACAUAUAUGAUCAAGGUUCCGACGGGGAGUGGCCUUUCACGUGGCAGCACCUCAAGAUGGACGGCUUCCUCCGUGACUCGCUGUUGAACGACUUUGACAACGAUGGGAACGCGGAAGGCCCGAUCGUCACUUUUCCACGUCUCGAACACCUCUGGCUCCGCCACGAGGAUCGGCUCCACGCGGCCUUCCUCGCGCACCUCAAUCUCCCAGCCUUAGUUGAGCUCGGCGUAACCGACGACAUCGCCUGCGCCCUCAGCAAUAGCGGCAUCAUGGACCCCUUCUAUUACACCCUCGCUGACAUGCUUCCACCUUCCACCUCCCUCAACCUCCACGACGCACACCCCGCCCUCCGCAAGCUGGACACCAUCCUCCUCUCUUCCACCCUGGACUCCCACGCGCUCCGCCUGUCACAAACGGCAGAACACGCAGAAGCGAGCCCCAUGGGUAGCACCGCACGCCCAAGGGUAGACAUUGCCCUCGACAAGUCCGGCUCGGACUACUCGCGCGACCGCCAAUUUUGGCUCCGGCAGUACAAGCUCGAUCGCAUCUUCAACGACCUCCUGUCCCCCUGCGUGCGCAAGGCCGGGCACAUCACCGCCCGCCUCCCGCUGACGACGCUCGUCCUCGACCUCACCUACGCCCUCGUGCUCCACGCCGCGCCCUGGCGCGCGCUCCUCGCGGCGCUCCCGCUCCUGCGCGCCCUCCGCCUGCAGGGCUUCGGCCGGGAAGCGGACGCGCCCCUCCACGCGCUCGCGCGCCACGAUGCGCUGUGCCCGCUGCUCGAGCGCGUGUCAGUCGGGGACGCCCCGUCGCUCGUCGCGGCGGACCACGCGCUCUUCCGGGCGGUCGCGCGGCUCGUCGCGCGCCGCCCGGGCAGGAUCGCGGUCGGCCUGCGGGUCGUGCACCGGGAUGCGGGGGGGGGGCUCGAGAGGCUGUGGGCGAAGUACGGGCCGGUGAUCGAGCGGUGUGCGAGGGGGGCGGUGGCGGUUGUGCGUGUUCGGGUGGAGGACCCGGUGGAUCGGGAGGAGAAGGAUCUUUGGCCGCUGUGCCCCGCGCAAGAUAGGGUGGCCUGUCAGAUGCUGGUGUUUACGGAGCCGGAGAUGUUUGGUGCCGAUUUGGAUGAAUAUCUUGCGGAGGACGUGGAGACGGGGGAUACAGAUGGUUCGGAUGAAGCGGCAACUGGGUCUGAAGAUGGGUCAGGGUCAGAGGAUGGUACUGAGGAGGACGAAGAGAUGGAGACGGGGGACGAGGACGACUAG